CAGGACGGAGGCGGAGGCCGAAGGGGACUGUCCGCUGGUCGCUGCGGAGAGGCGUGCGAAGGCCAAGUCGAGCUCCGAGGACCUUGCUGCCCCGGCCGGGCCGCCAGCCACAGCCUUCUCUCUAGCGGCAGAAGCUGCGCGGCGACCCCCCAUCCUUCCACCGCCCCUGCCCACCCCACCUCCCGCAGCCUUCCUCCUCUCAGCUUCACGCCCGGCCCGGCCCGGCCGCGGCCCUUCUCGGUGCCGGCAGCCAUGGCAGAGGCGUCCGGCGCGAGGGAAAUCUAGCCCGGGGAUUUCAUGCGGCCUAGCUCGGUUCCGUGUCCUCCCCCCGCGGCCCCGGCGGCUGCCCGCACCUCAGCCCCACUCCGGGCCUCCGUGUCUCUCCUGUGAUCGUACUGACACGGCCGGGGGGUUAGAAUGGAACAAACUGAAGGCCCGAUGAGAGAAAGGGAAAGUUAAGGAUGCUGGAGCAGAACAAUGGAUUUCUCUUUCUCUUUCAUGCAAGGGAUCAUGGGAAACACAAUUCAGCAACCACCUCAACUCAUUGACUCCGCCAACAUCCGUCAGGAGGAUGCCUUUGAUAACAACAGUGACAUUGUUGAAGAUGGUGGCCAGACACCAUAUGAAGCUACCUUGCAGCAAGGCUUUCAGUAUCCACCUACAACAGAGGAUCUUCCUCCACUCACAAAUGGCUACCCCCCAUCAAUCAGCAUGUAUGAAACUCAAACCAAAUACCAGUCAUAUAAUCAGUAUCCCAAUGGGUCAGCCAAUGGCUUUGGUGCAGUUAGAAACUUUAGCCCCACUGACUAUUACCAUUCAGAAAUUCCAAACACAAGACCACAUGAAAUUCUGGAAAAACCUUCUCCUCCACAGCCACCACCUCCUCCUUCGGUACCACAAACUGUGAUUCCAAAGAAGACUGGCUCACCUGAAAUUAAACUAAAAAUAACCAAAACUAUCCAGAAUGGCAGGGAAUUGUUUGAGUCUUCCCUUUGUGGAGACCUUUUAAAUGAAGUACAGGCAAGUGAGCACACAAAAUCAAAGCAUGAAAGCAGAAAAGAAAAGAGGAAAAAAAGCAACAAGCAUGACUCAUCCAGAUCUGAAGAGCGCAAGUCACACAAAAUCCCCAAAUUAGAACCAGAGGAACAAAAUAGACCAAAUGAGAGGGUUGACACUGUGUCCGAAAAACCAAGAGAAGAGCCAGUACUAAAAGAGGACCCCCCAGUUCAGCCAAUAUUAUCUUCUGUUCCAACAACAGAAGCGUCAGCUGGUGUUAAGUUCCAGGUUGGCGAUCUUGUUUGGUCUAAGGUGGGAACCUAUCCUUGGUGGCCUUGCAUGGUUUCAAGUGAUCCCCAGCUCGAGGUUCAUACCAAAAUUAACACAAGAGGUGCCCGGGAAUAUCACGUCCAGUUUUUUAGCAACCAGCCGGAGAGGGCAUGGGUUCAUGAAAAGCGAGUACGAGAGUACAAAGGUCAUAAACAGUAUGAAGAAUUAUUGGCUGAAGCAACCAAACAAGCCAGCAAUCACUCUGAGAAACAAAAGAUUCGAAAACCCCGACCUCAGAGAGAACGUGCUCAGUGGGACAUUGGUAUUGCCCAUGCAGAGAAGGCACUAAAAAUGACUCGAGAGGAAAGAAUAGAACAGUAUACUUUUAUCUAUAUUGAUAAACAGCCUGAGGAGGCUUUGUCCCAAGCAAAGAAGAAUGUUGCCUCCAAAGCUGAAGUUAAGAAAACCCGAAGACCAAGGUCAGUGCUGAAUACUCAGCCGGAACAGACCAAUGCGGGUGAAGUGGCCUCCUCACUCUCAAGUACUGAAAUUCGGAGACAGAGCCAGAGGCGGCACACUAGCGUGGAAGAGGAAGAACCACCUCCUGUUAAAAUAGCCUGGAAAACGGCCGCCGCGAGGAAAUCUUUACCAGCUUCCAUUACAAUGCACAAAGGGAGCCUGGAUUUGCAGAAGUGUAACAUGUCUCCAGUUGUGAAGAUUGAACAAGUGUUUGCUCUUCAGAAUGCUACAGGAGAUGGGAAGUUUAUUGAUCAGUUUGUUUAUUCGACAAAGGGAAUUGGUAACAAAACGGAAAUAAGUGUCAGGGGACAGGAAAGACUUAUAAUUUCUACACCAAACCAGAGAAAUGAAAAGGCGACUCAGAAUAUAUCAUCUCCUGAAGCAACAUCUGGUCCUACAGGCUCAGUAGAGAAGAAGCAACAGAGAAGAUCGAUUAGAACUCGUUCUGAAUCAGAGAAAUCUACCGAGGUUGUGCCAAAGAAGAAGAUCAAAAAGGAGCAGGUUGAAACGGUUCCUCAGGCUACAGUGAAGACUGGAUUACAGAAAGGUGCCAGCGAGAUUUCAGAUUCCUGUAAACCUCUAAAGAAAAGGAGUCGCGCCUCAACUGAUGUAGAAAUGACUAGCUCAGCGUACAGAGACACCUCUGACUCCGAUUCCAGAGGACUGAGUGACCUGCAGGUAGGCUUUGGAAAGCAAGUAGAUAGCCCUUCCGCUACUGCAGAUGCAGAGGUUUCUGAUGUGCAGUCCGUGGAUUCAAGUUUGUCAAGAAGAGGCGUUGGAGUCAGUAGGAAGGACACUGUGUGUCAGAUCUGUGAAAGCUCUGGUGACUCUCUGAUCCCCUGUGAGGGAGAGUGCUGCAAACACUUUCACCUGGAGUGCCUGGGAUUGGCAUCACUCCCUGAUGGAAAGUUCAUCUGUGUGGAAUGUAAAACCGGACAGCACCCUUGUUUUUCAUGUAAAGUGUCUGGUACAGAUGUGAAGCGUUGUUCUGUUGGCGCUUGUGGGAAAUUUUAUCAUGAAGCCUGUGUCCGCAAAUUCCCCACUGCCAUCUUUGAAUCAAAAGGAUUCCGCUGUCCUCAGCACUGUUGCUCUGCCUGUUCCAUGGAGAAAGAUAUCUACAAAGCAAGUAAAGGUCGCAUGAUGCGAUGUUUGAGAUGUCCAGUAGCCUAUCACUCUGGAGAUGCUUGCAUUGCUGCCGGCAGCAUAUUUGUAUCCUCCUACAUGCUCAUCUGUAGUAAUCAUUCCAAACGGAGCAGCAGUUCUUCCUCUGCCAUAAAUGUAGGCUUUUGUUUCGUUUGUGCGAGAGGGCUGAUAGUUCAGGAUCAUUCAGACCCCAUGUUCAGUUCAUAUGCCUAUAAGUCCCACUACCUACUGAAUGAAUCAAAUCGUGCAGAGUUGAUGAAAUUACCUAUGAUUCCUUCUUCGUCAGCUUCCAAAAAGAAAUGUGAGAAAGGUGGAAGAUUGCUCUGCUGUGAAUCGUGUCCAGCUUCCUUCCACCCGGAAUGCCUGAGCAUAGAAAUGCCAGAAGGCUGCUGGAACUGUAAUGACUGUAAAGCUGGCAAGAAGCUCCAUUACAAGCAGAUUGUUUGGGUCAAACUGGGAAAUUACAGAUGGUGGCCAGCAGAGAUCUGCAAUCCCAGGUCUGUGCCACUGAACAUCCAGGGCCUUAAGCAUGACUUGGGGGACUUCCCUGUGUUCUUCUUUGGUUCUCAUGACUACUAUUGGGUACACCAGGGCAGAGUGUUCCCUUAUGUUGAAGGAGAUAAAAGCUUUGCUGAGGGACAGACUAGUAUUAACAAGACCUUCAAGAAAGCACUGGAAGAAGCUGCAAAACGUUUCCAGGAAUUGAAAGCACAAAGAGAAAGCAGAGAAGCGCUAGAGACUGAAAAAAACUCAAGAAAACCUCCUCCUUACAAACACAUCAAAGCUAACAAAGUGAUAGGAAAGGUACAGAUCCACGUUGCAGACCUGUCCGAGAUUCCCCGCUGCAACUGCAAGCCAGCCGAUGAGAACCCGUGCGGCCUGGAGUCGGAGUGCCUGAACCGCAUGCUGCAGUACGAGUGCCACCCGCAGGUGUGCCCGGCCGGUGAGCGCUGCCAGAACCAGUGCUUCACCAAGAGGCUCUACCCUGAUGCCGAGGUCAUCAAAACAGAGCGAAGGGGCUGGGGCCUCAGGACCAAGAGGAGCAUUAAGAAGGGUGAAUUUGUAAAUGAAUACGUUGGCGAAUUAAUUGAUGAAGAAGAAUGCAGAUUGCGAAUCAAGAGAGCCCACGAGAACAGUGUAACUAAUUUUUAUAUGUUAACUGUUACCAAGGACCGUAUAAUUGAUGCUGGCCCCAAAGGAAAUUAUUCUCGCUUUAUGAACCACAGUUGUAAUCCAAACUGUGAAACACAAAAGUGGACAGUGAAUGGAGAUGUUCGAGUGGGGCUUUUCGCCCUUUGUGAUAUUCCUGCAGGGAUGGAGUUAACAUUUAAUUAUAACCUGGAUUGUCUGGGCAACGGCAGAACAGAAUGCCACUGUGGGGCAGAAAACUGCAGCGGCUUCCUGGGAGUGCGGCCCAAGUCGACAUGUGCGUCAACAGCCGAAGAAAAAGCCAAAAAUGCUAAGUUAAAGCAGAAGAGGCGAAAAAUCAAAGCAGAACCAAAGCAGAUGCAUGAAGACUACUGUUUUCAAUGUGGAGAUGGUGGAGAGCUGGUCAUGUGUGACAAAAAAGACUGUCCCAAAGCAUACCACCUCUUAUGCCUUAACCUGACUCAGCCACCAUAUGGAAAGUGGGAAUGCCCGUGGCAUCAGUGCGAGGAGUGCAGCCGUGCUGCCGUCUCCUUCUGCGAGUUCUGCCCACACUCAUUUUGUAAAGAUCAUGAAGAGGGCGCUCUGGUCCCCUCUGCUCUGGAAGGCCGGCUCUGCUGCUCCGAGCAUGACCCCGAGUCUCCUGUGUCCGCAGAAUACUGGAGCAAGAUCAAAUGCAAAUUGGAGUCACAAGAUCAUGGAGAAGAACUGAAAGAAUAAAUGGGUGGUGAUUUUCUUUUUCUUUUUAUUGAGAUGAAAAAAAAAAAGGAAAAGAAACAAGUGACUCCGUGGCACGUCGGCAGGAGAAAGCCGCUGUCGUGCGCACAGCCCCUUCCCCGGGCGCCGCCUUGUGGCCGUGCGCGCUGGGGCCGGAAACACGCGGGCAGAAGCAGGUGGCCUGGGGCUGUUUUUCUGUUUUGUGGGUUGGGGAUUCUUUCGUGGCCGGCCAAAUUCCCUUGGUCUUCUCUUGCCUUCUAUUAUGCUUCAUGCCUUUGCAGCGGGGGAAAAAGAGAUGUCUUCACUCUGAAAACAGCGAAGAGAAAAAGAAAUUUUGUUAAUGAGAUAAAUUUUAAGUCUAGGAUGUGUUCCUUGGGUGUAAAAAGCAAAAAAGUAGCCCUCAUUCCUUUAUUUAUUUUCAUUUUUUAAAACUCUGGAGAAGUGUAGUUCAGGUAGUCUAUUCAGUGUGCGUGUGCGUGUGUGUUUGAAGUAGCAUUUGGAGCAGGCCCUCUAGAAAAGGCUCUGAUGGCCUUUAUAUACCUCUCCGCUGAGCAGUAGGCAGGCUCACUUCUCUUUCCUCCCAGAUGUCUUUUCUUGGCUCAGAGAAGGGCGCUGUGCGAGUCCUGAAUCUGGCCUCUUGAAAACAAAAUGCCUCAGUGGAUUUUACCCUCAGUGGUUUGCACCUAGGCCAGCUUUGUGAUGGGAUACCUUUACCUAGAAAGGUAGAUAAUGUGGUUUUUGGUUCUGGGGGAAGACAGAAACAGGUGCCCUCACUGAGUUUGAAAUGUUUUCCACUGUGGACAUUUUUGAUGAAGUGUGUUUAUGUGGAGGUGAAUGCAGCAUUGGAGUGGUCGUGCCUGUUGCUCCAACAUGUGCACAGAGGCAGCUGAAGGGAGAUGGAAGGCCCAGACCCAGAGUUGGGUCAUUCUGUGCAGUGUAACAGAGCUGCUAGUCUGACCUGGAGAGUAUUAUGGGCACUUCCUUUCCUGUCUCUGCUUCCCUCCCCGAAUCAAACAUUCCCUGUCUGCUGGCCACCUGCUGGCCACCUGCUGGCCGUGUUUCCUGGUGAAAACAACACAAGCGAGUCACAGUUGUAUCUGAGUAGGUCUUUUUGGUUUAGUUCCUCAUUUGGGGGGUGGAAGGGGUAGGGACAUCUCCCGGUUAUAUGUAAACAGUUCCUAUUUAGUAUUAUCUACUAAUUAAAAUUGCCCCACUGAGGAAAGGGAAGCGCUUCUACAGGGUGUGUAAGAGCCACACAAACACACUUUGUCUUAGGAAGCACUUAGGGAAGCUCCCAAGAAAGCAGUGUUAGCAAAAAUGGUUGGCUGUGACGCUUGGAUCUCCUAGAUGCCAAUGUACCAAGAUGUCUAACCACAAAGUUCACUUGCAUUUAAUGCUUUGGAAUAUGUAUAUUCCAGUAGUCCUUGUAUGAACUAAUUAGUAAUGUCAGACGUUGUCACACUGUACUAAGUAGAAUUCUAGGGCUAGCUUGAAUGAACGUUAACCUUCUCUGUGAAUUUUGACUGCUUACUGCUGGUACCUGGUGGCAUUUAUUUUCCCUCAAGAAGUACCUAGGAACCUUAGGAAGGGAGGGAGGGGAGAUGCUCAGCCAUGUUCCUUCAGUUAUGUGUGUUCCUUUUUUCUUAUCAAUUUAGAGUUCUUCUCUGGAAAAAAGAAAAAAAAAAGCUGUUUUGUGCCUCUCUCUCUCUCUCUUUUUUAAAUGUAAAUGUGCAAUUGAACUGGAUUUUCUCUUGUUAAAAAAAACAUAAAACAAAAAAAAAUAUAUCACACUACAAUUCCUUUACUUAAGCUCCUAAACUGCCAUUUGCCUGAUUCCAGCAAUUAAUUCUGAGGUAACUUAUAGAGCCUCCAGGAAUUCUCUUGAUUAGAUAUGGUCCCAGGAGAAAGAGCAAAAUGGAAAAUGCUGUGCAUGUUACCAGAUCAAAUCGCUACCAGUAACGUGCAGCACAGCGCACCAAAACACUAAACUUUGCUCUUGAGCAACUAUAUAGUUUGAUAUCCUUUUAAAAAAUAAUUUAAGAAAAUCUAGGUUUUAUCAUACUAAAACUUUAUUUUAUAUAUAUAUAUGUGUGUGUAUAUAUAUAUAUAUGAGAUAAAUGUUUGCUUUUUUUAAACUUACUAAUAUGAAGGAUUUCUUUUAACAUUCAAAAUAUAACUCUUGUUGAAACCGUGUCCCACAUGAACUCUUCUCUUCUUGCUUUGUUUUGGACUUAGUGCUAUUUAAUAUCUGAUGACUUUUAUAUGGUAAGCCAGGGUCCAUCCAUAUACUUACAAAUACCUUAGGUUUCAGUAUUUUCAUGCAGCUUCCUCAUCAUGUCACAUUUUGUCAUAAUGGCUCUGCUGAGAUUUUUAAAUCUUUUUUUUGGGGGGGUGGUGGGAGGGUACCUAACAGGAUCAUUCUGCCAUUUCAGAAAUUAGGGUAAAAAACAAAAUAGCUACUAACUACAGCUCUGGAGGCUUCAUCCAGGAGUGCUCUUUAGUGGUCCAGAAAGAGGCUUUCGUCCCGCCAGUGGCCCAGAGCUCUCCUCACACCUCCGUGGCGUCACGACCGACUUGUUGUACGUAUCUUCACGUUGCAGGCUGUGGAAGCGGAAAGCUGGGGGAGAAAGCUGUGCUUCCCGUGCGCAGCGUGUGCACGCACCGUGCUUGCCUGCGCCUCACCAACCCGGUGGGCCAGAGGGCGCGUUGCUCUCUUGCGGUCUGUAGUUGGUUUUGUUAACUUUCAAAUCCGUGGUCAGAGCAGAAAUGGUUGGGUUUUAUUCUUGUCCAAAAAUGAGAUAAAGCAUCAUGGGAUAAUGGUGGUUUUUGUUUGUUUGCUUUUUAGCCUCAUAUUACUUCUUUGGAAAAAGUGAAUGUAAAGUUUUUGAUAAUCAGCAUAAAGCUUCAGAAAUCUGUUGGGUUACAACUGUAGAGGAAGUGGGCCCUCCCGGCAUGCACAGUGCAGACAGGGGCUGGCCCGUGGCCAGUAGCAGGGUCAGGAGGGUUGUGGUCACCUGCCCCUCAUUCCUGGAAGGCCAGCACGGCUGGAGGAAGUGAUUCUCUUCUUUAAUAUCUAAUCAGGGUUAGAGUCAAGAGGGAGGUGGGUUUUAUUUUCAUUUUUAUCUUAACAAAUUCCCACUCUACCUUAAUUCUCAGAAAUGAUCUGGCCUGAGCUAUAGAAUAGGCCGACUUUUAGAAUCACUGAAACUUGGAGCUCUCUGUGUGUUCAAGUCAGGAACAAAUGUAAAAACUAAUAAUAAUAAUAAUGGGGGGGGGCUCUGGGCUCCCUUCUGCUAUUUCCACAUAAUACUUGGAAACAUGCUUGUAAAUAAUGUUUUGAAAUUCUGAGAUAACCAUGUAAAAGACUCUCCGAGCAGGCAGGCUGUUGGACAAGUUUCUCUCCUGGCUCAUGAAGUAGUUUCCUUUUGGCCUUGCUGCGCAGUCUGUGUUCUAAUCAGGGUCAGAGCCAGCCUGGACGGCAGAGGGCAGCCCUACAGAACGUCAUCACUGGACCCCCCAGGUUCAUGGCUGGUCCUUCAUUUCAUUGUUAAGUACAAAGUUUCCUUUAGCAUUCACCUUGAAAUCAGGGAGCUGCCAUAUGCCAUGUCCCGAGAGGAUAAGGAUACAGGUUGUGGUAGAGCCCUUCGGGCUUGGGAAGCUCACCUAGGAGGAGGUGCGAUGCCGCUGGCAAGUGGCUUUAUUGCCAGGUGGAGCAGAUUUGACUUCCGGAGUUGGCCAGGUUGCUGCACACACAAAGUGAUCAUUUGGAACGAUUUCCGUUGGCCUAGACCACUUGCAGUUGGUCCCUGGUUGUCUGUACACCGAGAGGAGAGCUCGCCUCCAUUUUCAGCUAAGCUAGGGAGAGAUCUGAUUAGACGGCUUUGCCAUGUAUUAAUGAAUAUUGAAAAGUUGGAAAUGUGUACAUACUGAAAUCUACCAACUUUUCCCCAGGGCGGGGUACAGGAAGAAAAGGGGGUUAGAACAGGGUGAGGGAGGGGGAAUGACAAUGUUUACCACAGGUACGAAGUAGUCACUUUAACAUUGAGACCUCUGCCUCAUUGAAUUCAGGUUUUUUAAGUACUUGAAACUCUUCAGAUUCCCCUUAUUUUACAGUUAUUUUUAAAUUUAUGAAGUAGAAAGCAUUGUUUUGUAUACUGUUUUGAAAACAAAUAGCCUAGUCUCUUGUCCUCUUCAACUUGGAUUAAAGGCAAAGUUCUGCAAGUGGGAGGGAGCGUCCACAGCAGCUAGCUCAGAUUUCAUGUCCACAUUCGAGGAAGAGACUCUUGCAUGAAAUACCAGCAUUUUUAUGAGUAUUUCCCAUGUGUGUUCUUUCUCUUGUAUUUUUGUCAACCCCAUCCCUGUGCGCCUCUUCUUUCCUUUUAAUAUAUAUGCCUGUGUAGGGGAAAAAACGAAAAUUUGCACUUACGUUAUACUCCUGAAACGCAGGGUGUAGUCUGUGUGUGUUUCAGAAACCAUUUCCGUUCUUUUCUCCGUCAGUCCAUUGCUUAAGUGACAAGUUCAGGUGCUUGUGGCACAGACGUGUGUAUGGUGGGGAGGAGGAGAGCAGCCUGCCCUUCUGUAGCCUGUGAAAGUCAGUUACAUGUAAGAAAAAGUGAAAAAGAUGAACAGUUGCCAAAGUCAUUUAUUCAGUCCUUAGUUUUCUUAUGUGACCCUCCGGAUCUGCGAGUUGGCAGGCAAGCCCCCUCAGGUGCUGGUCCCCCCCCCCCCCCGCCGCCACCUGCCACAGACCUUCGAUGUGUACACGCGGGGCGCGCAGUGUCCAUCAGAUCAUCAAGACGAGGUAUGUAUGAGGUAUUCUUGUCGGGUUAGCAGUGGACUGGAUACAAUUUACUUUUUACUCUGUUGUUAUUAAUACUGCUCUUUAUCUCAUUUGUGCUGUCGCAUACCCUCUGUUAAAAAAGAAAAUCACAUGGCCUCCGAUGACCAAGAUGCUAAGUGAUGAUUGAUACUAAAUGAUGAUUACAACUGGCUAAUAAGAUCCUUUUUCUAUACAAGGGUGUGUGCAUAAUUGGAAUUGAUAGGAGAAAUUCAUUUGUAACCACUUGUGAUAUUGCACAGCAAACACAGAUACCUACAGAUUGUUUUCUUUUUCUUGUGAUCUUUAUCUAUGAUAAUGACCUUUGUAGAUUGGUUAUUUCUGUACUUUGUUUAUCUGUAAUAAAUUUGUAGAUCCUGUGAAAUGUUAUUUUGCCUAAAUCACUUGAGACUUGAGUCUUUAAUAACAAAGCAUCAAUAUUCACUAAAGUCAAUCUCUUUUGAGUUUCUGUGACUUGGCUAGAAGCUCUUGACACUAAGGGAUUAGUGUUCAUUUUCCCUGGGGGGCGUUCCACUAGGGCAUUACUGUAUAAUGACUUGAUGUUGCCACAUAGACUUCAAGAUAUAUGAUAUUUUGGGGGUUUUGUUGAAUGGCCUAUGUUUUACUGCAUAGUGUGAAACGUGUAAAGCUUGGUUAACCUGUAUAUAGAUAGCUUGUUGUUGACUAGUUAUAGUAUAUUUAGGAUUGCCUGGAAUUUUAAGCUUCUUACUACUGUGUGUGCUGGUAGGAACAUAAAUUUUUGUACAUUAUAUUUACUGAGAUGUUGCCUUUUUUUAUUUUACAAAUACUUUGAAAUUCAGAUGUGUUUUUUGCUUCCGUGAGGAUUAAUUUGGAAAGGUUCUUAAUGACAUUCCACUGACUUCAGAUUUUGCUUGAGAUUGACUUCAAUAAAUUGUCCUGUAUGUUCCAAA